ACCAGUGCUUACGACUAGCAACAAAAAGCAAAAAGGGACACUAACAGGAUAAGGCGAGCGAGUUCAUUGUGAGUCAUGCUGGGCGAAGGUUUUCUCCAAGCGUUGUGUUACAGGGAGGAACGUAAUGGUGCUUCUGCUUCCAUGGGACACAAGUUAGAGACGACACAGACAGACAUUCAACAAAGAGGUUUAGACCAGGGGGUGCGUGAGCACAGAUAUCAUGGAUUAAGACUAGCCGCUCCAGAUGCCACAAGCCUCUCCAUCUCUGGAUGUCUAUCUGACCUGACACUCUGCUCAGGCCCCUGCAGCCUCCUGCAACAUUAUCCUGACCUCCAGGUGGCUGACUCGGUCGUCAUCUCCCACAACCCUCUGAAAACCAAUGCCCCUCAGCAAGAUCUUUUCACUCAGUCAGAGCAAAAUCAUCUGCUUUGUGAGUCCGUUCCGUCACUGUCAUCAGACCAGGGCUACCUGGUUAUGGGUGAUGAUGCAAACACCAGCUUGGGCAUGCCCGCCUCUCAGCUAGAGCCCAUGUCCAACUCACUGCUGAAUGGCCUUCUGGAAAAAAAGCUGGAUGAGGUGUACGUCCAGCACCUGACUGAUAAUCUGGCUCGAUGCAACUCCCAACUGGAGAACAGCCUCCUGCAUGGCCUGGUGCCUCCUUUGCAGCCUAAUGAACGACAACAGGGAGAACACUCACUGGAGUCCAACCUGGAUGAGGGACCAGGAGGGGAAUGUGGCAAGAAGUUUGGUUACCUGAGCAACCUAAACUUAGCUCCCUGCUCGUCCAACUUUAGCACUCCAGUGCUGCGCAUUUCUGAGGAUGUUCAUCCAAAAUGAAAAUAUAUUUAAAAACAUAUAAACCAUUAGGCUUAAUUUUUUUAAUAAUCAAGAAUGUAAGUACUACUUUUUGUUUCGUGUACAUGAAUUGACUCAGAGCAUUAGCUCACAUAUGACACCUGCUGGUAGAUUCUGGUACUACAUCGGGAUAUGUCUACCCAACACUGCUGACAUCCAGUGUUCAUUUGUGUAAUUAUAAAACAAAUGAAUUAUGAAAUAUAAAUGUAUAUAGAUGAAAAUAUCUCAGACCUGAUAAUAAUAAAAUUAAUAAUAAUAAUAAUAAUCAAUUGAUCUAAACGAAAAUAGAACAAUAUAUAUAUGCAGCUAUAUGAUCCAGCUCCGGUCUGAAUGUGUAAUGUGUACAUGCACUCAUCACGUCUCAUUUAUAUUGGGUCUUUACUGAUUUCUUGGAAUGUUUUUUUUUAUUUGUUUUUUUAAGUAUGGGAAUAAAGAAAUAAUAAAUACAUACACAUUUUUAUCUCUGAUUGACAAAGGGUCAGAAUUAUACAAACAACCUAAAAUACAGUACAGUGCCACAGUACUUUGGUUACAUAACCAAUCAAUCAAUCAAUCAAUCAAUCAAUCAAUCAAUCAAUCAAUCAAUCAAUCAAUCAAUCAAUCAAUCAAUCAAUCAAUCAAUCAAUCAAUCAAUCAAAGUUUAUUUAUAUAGCCCUUAAUCAUAAAUGCCUCAAAGGACUUCAUAAACCACAACGGCAUCCAUGAAUCUGAUCCCACAUUUGGACAAGAAAACGCUUUAUCUAAUGGAUGGGAACAAUGAGAAACCUUAGGAGGGACCGCAGAUUUGGGUGCACCGCUGGUCCCGACUUGGAACAGCUAGAGUCUCCUGAACUGAAACUGAUCCGUGGCCAUCUGAUAACCUCUCCAUGCAGGAGAGGGGUACAGAGCAGAAAAGAGAAGCGGCAGAUCAACUGGUCUAUAUCAUCAAGCUUUAUUGCAGACUCCAACGUCCAAGGAGACAUACAAUCACAUACAAUACAUAAAACAAACAAAAUACAGUAUAAAAGGCAUUAUCACAUACUAUUAAAAA